AUGGCUUUUCCGGGUGAAAGUAAGUAUAUACCGCGUAUUAUUAGGCCGUAUGUAAAUAGUACAGCCACUUGCAUUGUAGAAUUCAUAGCAUAUGGUCACGUAUUAUUACGUAUAAUAGCCAUAGAUGGGAUAAAAUCAAUAGAAGUUUCUGCAGUUUUGCAUAGAGAAGAUGCACUGUACGGGAUAAAGGAUGAUGCAAAAUUGAGUGAAUUAUUUUCACCUGGGGAUACAGUGCAUGGAAGGGUUUUAUCACUUGGGAAGAAGGGAAAUGUGGUUAUAUCCACAGCAGAUGCAUCCCAUGGUGUAGUGAAGGCAAAGGACUUUGAGACACUGGAAGACGUACGGAUGACAAAGAACAAGUUCAUCCAUAAUGGGAAGGAAUUGAAUAGAAAGGCAGCCAUCCUGUGA